UGCAAGUCUUGUUAUUGGAAUCAGCGGACGCAAUUCAGGUGCCACACUUCUAUUAUUUUGUGUGUUUAGAUGGUGUUCUGAAGUAUCUGGAAGAAUUAGGGAAUCAUUUUCCUUUGACUAAUCCUUCCUUAUCCAGAGAUUUGUUUGACAAGAUUGUUCAGCUACAGUUACGGGCUCUAGGGAGAUGCAUAACUUUACAAGGGAAAAGAGCAACUCUUGCAUCUCAUGAAACAAGCACCAACACACCCAUAGGAGAAAUGAGAUUUUCUGAAGCAUCAUCUUUUUCUGGCUGGGAAUAUUUAUUGGAUGAAUUCAAAGCUAGGUUGAGGUCAUCAUUCGCAGCGUUCAUAAAGAAAUCAACAGAGUUGCAUCUCCAAUAUGCAGUUCAAGCUAUCGAAAGUGCCCUAGUUGGUGUGCGGGAAGGGUGCACAGUGAGGUAUGACAUAUGUGCUGGAAGUGAAGAUGGAGGAAAGGUUUCUUCAAUUGUUGCAUCUGGCAUUGAUUGCUUGGAUUUGGUUCUGGAAUUUGUUUCAGGACGCAAUUUGAUUGUGGUAAAAACAUACAUUCAGAGGCUAAUUGCCUGCAUGUUCAAUGUUAUUCUGCAUCUGUAGAGUCCACUAAUCUUCUAUGAGAGAUUCACUCAGAGUAAAGAUGAUAGUGAUCCAGAUCCAGGAACAGUCAUUCUUAUGUGUGUUGGCGUACUGGCAAGAAUUUCUGGCAAGCAUGCAAUAUACAAAAUGGAUCUCUGGCAUGUAGCACACUCGUUACGUAUACCUUCAACACUUUUUCAAGAUUUCCAUUU